UCACUUCCCUUUAUCUCGGCAGCAUGGAGGAAUGUGAGGCGCUCUGCACCAGACUGGCGAUCAUGGUGAACGGCCGUUUCCGAUGUCUCGGCAGCAUCCAGCACCUGAAGAACCGGUUUGGUGACGGCUAUAUGAUCACCGUCCGCACAAAGUCCAGUCUCUACGUGAAAGAAGUCGUGCGUUUUUUCAACCGGAAUUUCCCCGAGGCGGUGUUGAAGGAGAGGCACCAUACCAAAGUGCAAUACCAGCUCAAGUCAGAGAACAUUUCACUGUCCCAUGUUUUCAGUAAGAUGGAGCAAGUGGUCGACGUACUGGGCAUUGAGGACUACUCCGUCAGUCAAACCACGCUGGACAACGUAUUUGUGAACUUUGCGAAGAAGCAGAGCGACAACCUGGAGCAGCAGGAGUUGGUCAACGCUGGGAGUAUGCACUCCCCCGUCAAGUGUGUCCUCAGCCUCCUGCGGCCACGGGCCACGCCCACAGAGCUACAGGCGCUGACCGUCGACGAGCCCGAGGAGCUUGAGAGUGACGACGAAGGCUUAAUCAGCUUCGAGGAGGAACGAGCUCAGCUUUCAUUCAACACAGACACUUUGUGCUGAGAGGGUGACGUUCCCCCACGAAGAUGUCCAUCUCUGAAGACCUUGCACAGGGCAGUGAAGACCUUUGCUUGACCCCAGCACGGCCAACGCCAGUGGUGGGAGUGAGGAUGGGAUGUGACUGAAUGUAUGGUCAAUAAUUCCUUCCAGCUGAACGACCCACUGCACGUGGAGACCUUGAAUCCAUCAGCCAGCUGGGGAUUGCCAACCGGUCGGCAAGAGUCGUUUUGGUGUCCCUGCCUGUCCCAUCCCGGGGAAGGAACGGUGAAGUCGCCCUCCCCCCCCCCCCCCCCCCCCCCACCGCCCCCAAUAAACACGAGUCCGUGACAUUUUAUUUAAUGCAGAGUUGUUUUAUUUUAAUGUACUGUCGAAAGUGGUGUACC